CAUUUCUCAAUUGCUCCCUACUUCUCUUCUAUUCGCAUCCUUCGUCUAUGGAGGUCGCGCUGCUAUAAACCCCCCCUCUCCUUUCAGUCUCUCUCUCUCUCUCUUCAAAUUUGUGUCUCUCCGUUUGAUCUCGCCGCCCUUCGUUUCUCCUCCGACUUAAGUUGGACAUCAAUUCGAACAACGGUUCCGUCACUGCGAUCUGAUCUGGAUCUCUAGGGUUCAUCAACCGCCGUCCUUCGAUUCGGUAUCCGGAGAUUCCAUUUCAGCUCCAAAAAUGCCUCUCAGACUGGAAAUAAAGAGAAAACUAGCUCAAAGAUCAGAGAGAGUGAAGUCCGUGGAUCUGCACCCAACAGAACCAUGGAUAUUGGCGAGUUUGUACUCUGGGUCUGUGUGCAUCUGGAACUACCAGUCUCAGACUAUGGUGAAGUCUUUUGAGGUGACAGAGUUACCAGUCAGAUCUGCAAAGUUCAUUGCACGCAAACAGUGGGUUGUUGCUGGUGCUGAUGACAUGUUUAUUCGAGUAUACAACUACAAUACAAUGGAUAAGGUCAAAGUAUUUGAGGCACACACAGAUUAUAUUAGGUGUGUGGCUGUUCAUCCUACCCUUCCAUAUGUCCUGUCAUCAUCUGAUGACAUGCUUAUAAAGCUUUGGGACUGGGAGAAGGGCUGGGUGUGUACUCAGAUUUUUGAGGGUCAUUCCCAUUAUGUUAUGCAAGUGACAUUUAAUCCAAAAGACACCAAUACGUUUGCUAGUGCAUCUCUUGAUCGCACAAUAAAGAUUUGGAAUCUUGGCUCGCCUGACCCAAAUUUUACAUUGGACGCCCAUUUGAAGGGGGUAAAUUGUGUUGAUUAUUUCACAGGUGGGGAUAAGCCUUAUCUGAUAACUGGUUCUGAUGAUCACACUGCAAAGGUAUGGGACUACCAAACCAAAAGUUGUGUGCAGACACUAGAAGGCCAUACUCACAAUGUUUCAGCUGUUUGUUUUCACCCUGAACUUCCCAUCAUAAUUACUGGUUCUGAGGAUGGUACUGUUCGUAUAUGGCAUGCUACAACUUAUCGCCUUGAGAACACUCUGAAUUAUGGUCUCGAAAGAGUUUGGGCUAUUGGAUAUAUGAGAGGUUCGCGCAGGGUUGUAAUUGGCUAUGAUGAAGGAACCAUUAUGGUAAAAAUUGGUCGAGAAGUACCUGUAGCUAGUAUGGACAAUAGUGGAAAAAUCAUAUGGGCUAAACAUAAUGAAAUACAAACUGUUAACAUUAAGAGUGUUGGAGCAGAUUAUGAGGUUACUGAUGGAGAGAGAUUACCUUUGGCAGUGAAGGAAUUGGGGACCUGUGAUCUUUACCCACAAACCUUGAAGCAUAAUCCAAAUGGGAGGUUUGUUGUUGUUUGUGGAGAUGGUGAAUACAUAAUAUAUACAGCUUUGGCAUGGAGAAACAGAUCAUUUGGUUCGGCAUUGGAAUUUGUUUGGUCAUCAGAUGGUGAAUAUGCUGUUCGAGAAAGCACAUCAAAGAUCAAAAUUUUUAGUAAGAACUUUCAGGAAAAAAGGAGCAUCCGACCAACAUUUUCUGCUGAGCGUAUUCAUGGUGGAACUUUAUUAGCGAUGUGCUCAAACGAUUUUAUUUGUUUUUAUGAUUGGGGCGAAUGCAGGUUGAUUAGACGGAUUGAUGUUAAUGUCAAAAACCUCUACUGGGCUGACAGUGGUGAUUUAGUGGCUAUUGCCAGUGAUUCAUCAUUCUACAUACUGAAGUACAAUCGGGAUGUAGUUUCAGCACACUUAGAUAGUGGAAGAUCGGUAGAUGAACAAGGUGUUGAGGAUGCUUUUGAGCUUCUUUAUGAAAUAAAUGAACGGGUCAGGACUGGAUUAUGGGUGGGGGAUUGUUUUAUUUACAACAAUUCUUCUUGGCGACUGAAUUACUGUGUUGGUGGUGAGGUAACCACAAUGUUUCAUUUGGACAGACCUAUGUACUUAUUGGGAUAUUUAGCAAACCAAAGUAGGGUGUAUCUAAUUGACAAAGAGUUCAAUGUCAUGGGAUAUACCUUACUUCUUAGCUUGAUUGAAUACAAGACUCUCGUGAUGCGUGGUGACCUGGAUCGAGCCAAUGAGAUUUUGCCUUCAAUUCCUAAGGAGCACCAUAAUAGUGUUGCUCGUUUCCUGGAAUCCCGUGGAAUGGUAGAGGAUGCACUGGAAGUAGCCACAGACCCAGACUACAGAUUUGAGCUAGCCAUACAGCUGGGUAAACUAGAAGUUGCCAAGGAAAUUGCAACAGGAGCACAGAGUGAAUCCAAAUGGAAGCAGUUGGGUGAACUAGCCAUGUCCACUGGAAUGUUAGAGAUGGCAGAGGACUGUUUAAAGAGCGCAAUCGACUUGAGUGGUUUGUUACUACUCUACUCUUCUUUAGGAGAUGCGGAAGGGAUAUCAAAACUUGCAUCUCUUGCUAAAGAUAAUGGGAAAAACAAUGUUGCCUUCCUUUGCCUAUUUAUGUUGGGUAAAUUGGAAGAGUGCAUACAGCUUUUGAUUGACAGCAAUCGGAUACCUGAGGCUGCUUUGAUGGCACGAUCUUAUCUUCCAAGCAAAGUUCCAGAGAUAGUUGCAAUUUGGAGGAAAGACCUGAAUAAGGUUAAUCCUAAAGCUGCAGAGUCUUUGGCCGAUCCUGAGGAGUAUCCUAAUUUGUUUGAGGAUUGGCAAGUUGCUCUUGCUGUUGAAUCAAAAGUUGCAGAGACAAGGGGAGUUUGUCCUCCGGCUGCAGAGUAUGUGAAAUAUGCUGAUAGAUCACAUGCUAACCUUGUGGAGGCAUUCAGAAAUAUAACAAUUGAUGAAGAAACACCACGUGAAAAUGGUGACUUGAAUCAUGAGCAUGAAGAAGAAGAGGAAGAAGUGGCACAAGAUGAAGGGCCAGAAGAGGCUGUUGUGGUGGAUGCUGACUCAACAGAUGGUGCAGUGCUCGUUAACGGUAACGAGGCUGAUGAAGAGUGGGGUACGAAUAAUGAAGGAAAUCCGUCAGCCUAAAAGGAAUUGGUUGGGCCAAGUUGAAAAUCCUAAUUUUGUUACUGUGCUUACGCCAAGCCAUGAAGGCCAGUGAAGACUGUUGGUCCCAGCUAUAUCAAUUCCCUUUCUUGAGGUUUUCCAAAAGAGAGAGAUGGUUGCGGGGCCAGUUGUCUGUUACUGCAGUGAUGUAAUUUGAGAGCACAUGAGAUUGAAUUUUUUGUAAUUUGGGAUAAAAAGUUUUUGUGUUUUGAGUUAUUUGCUAGUUGGCUUAGCAUAUUCUUUUGAAAUGUUUACUUGUCAUUGUGAAUGUAGAAUGUUUUUAUGUUAAUUACACGCAUAUUUUUGCACGGUA